AUCAUUCAGCUUUUGCAUUUUCAUUGAAGCGGCUGCAUUCUAAAGUGCCAAACAAAAGAGUAAACGCAGAUAAGUGAAACUUAUUUACGAACCGAUUUGUUUCUGCACAUGUUUCAAAUUGUGUGAUGCCAGUACGUUCUGCUAAUCCGAUACGCGCUAGAAGUUUGAUCCGAGACAAUUUGGAGAAACAGGCUGGUUGUCUAAAUCUAAUACACUCCAGAAUGCCAAACAUUAAAGUGUUUUCGGGCACCUCGCAUCCGGAUUUGGCGCAGCGUAUUGUUGAUCGUCUUGGCAUCGACCUGGGCAAGGUGGUCACCAAGAAGUUUAGCAAUUUGGAAACAUGUGUGGAAAUCGGCGAAUCGGUGCGUGGCGAAGAUGUUUACAUUGUGCAGUCUGGUUCCGGGGAGAUCAAUGAUAAUUUAAUGGAGCUGCUGAUUAUGAUCAAUGCGUGCAAAAUAGCAUCCGCAUCUCGUGUUACAGCUGUGAUUCCUUGCUUUCCAUAUGCCCGCCAAGACAAAAAAGAUAAGUUGCCGGGCGGUGAGGAGAAAGAUGAAAACAAAGCAAAGCUUGCCAAGAAAAACUACGAUUGGAAAUUUAGGAGCCGUGCGCCCAUCUCGGCGAAAUUGGUCGCGAAUAUGCUAUCGGUGGCCGGAGCGGAUCACAUUAUAACCAUGGAUCUGCACGCCUCACAGAUUCAGGGCUUCUUCGAUAUACCAGUCGAUAAUCUCUAUGCCGAGCCGGCGGUACUCAAAUGGAUCAAAGAGAACAUUCCCGAAUGGAAAAAUUCGAUCAUUGUAUCGCCAGAUGCAGGCGGCGCCAAGCGUGUUACCUCGAUAGCGGAUCGCUUGAAUGUGGAAUUCGCGCUGAUACACAAGGAACGCAAGAAGGCCAAUGAGGUCGCUUCGAUGGUGCUUGUGGGUGAUGUUAAGGAUAAGAUUGCCAUAUUGGUCGAUGAUAUGGCCGAUACAUGCGGCACUAUAGUGCAUGCUGCCGAUCGUCUAGUGGAGGCGGGCGCCACUAAGGUCUAUGCCAUAUUGACGCAUGGCAUCUUCUCGGGUCCGGCGAUCUCGCGCAUCAAUAAUGCCUGCUUCGAGGCAGUGGUGGUGACCAAUACUAUACCACAGGAUGGACAUAUGCGUGACUGUCCCAAAAUACAGUGCAUUGAUGUGUCUAUGAUGUUCGCCGAGGCUGUUAGACGAACACACAAUGGCGAGAGCGUUUCGUAUCUCUUCUCAAAUGUUCCAUAUUAAGCGUUAAAUGCAGCAACAACAAUAACAACAACAAUCAUAACAACAAGAAGAAAAGCAACAACAACUACAAACCAAUUGCAAAUAAUCAAUAGAAAUUUACUUGAAAGCAUCUUUUUGCCAUUCAUUCAUCGUUAUAUAUAUAUUUUUAUUAACUAUUAACUAUGAGAUAAACAGCAAGAUGAAAGCGUCAUUAUGUAAUUAUAUAAAGUAGCAUAAAGUAUAUAACAACAAUUGCACACUUAAUUGCCUUCAAAA